AUGGCUCGUCUAACUAGGAUUCUGCCUUUGCCCUUGCUCCUUGUUUUUCCUUUCCAGCUUACUGCGGCAGUCACAGCAGCCCAAGGUCCAAUCGUUACAUUGCAUUAUGGGUCGUUCAAGGGAAACUUGACUGGAAACUCAGUGAAGUUUUUGGGGAUUCCGUUCGCUGCACCACCUAUUGGGAAUCUACGAUUCGCCCCCGCUGAGGCACCAAUUCCGUUCAAAGGCGUUCGACAGGCGACUACCUUUGGAGCUGCUUGUUUCCAACAGUCGCUAGGCGCAUCCGCGCAAGAUUUGUGGUUUCAAGCUCAUCGACCCUGUCUAGGCCUCUCCAUCAAUGUGUUCAAACCGGCGAGCAUCCCCGCCGGAAAGAAGCUCCCGGUCAUCUUUUGGAUUCACGGCGGCGGCUAUCAGGUUGGGGGUAGUUCUUCAUACCAAGCAGAUCCGCUCGUAGCUCGCUCAGUUACGUUGGGCGAACCAGUGAUAUACGUGUCGGCCAACUACCGCCUGAAUGCCUUUGGGUUUUUGCAAGGAAAAGAAGCCAAGGCAGCUGGACUAGGAAAUAUAGGUCUCAGAGACCAACGAUUUGCUCUCCAAUGGGUUCAAAAGCACAUUAGUGCUUUUGGAGGAGACCCGAAAAAAGUGAUAAUCUGGGGUGAGAGCGCAGGAGCUUUUUCUGCGGGCUACCAAAUUGUCACCAACAACGGAGAUACGCAAGGCCUUUUCCGCGGGGCAUUCAUGGAAUCGGGCUCUCCCGCCGCCUUGAAUGAUAUUACCGUCAACCAGCGGUACUUUGACCAACUUGUUGUGGAUGCCGGGUGUCAAGGUUCUGCUGACCCUAUAGCCUGCCUACGCACCGUUCCGUUUGACAAACUCGGGGAUGCUAUAAACCAGUCUCCCAAUUUAUUUUCUUAUCAGAGCCUGGCACUCGUGUGGGGACCUUCCAAAGAUGGGUUGUUUUUCAAACGCGACCCCCAAGAUUCCCUGCUCAAGGGUCUAUACGCUAAGGUGCCAUUUGUCACGGGCGACUGCGAUGACGAGGGAACCCUCUUCUCAUUGAGUAACAAAAAUAUCACAAUGAAUGAAGAAUUCCUCGGCUACAUGAAAUACAAUUACCUUUCUGGAAUUUCUGACGAUCAAUUGGCUGCCAUCGCGAAAGCCUAUCCUGAGGAUCCAGCUCAGGGAUCCCCGUUCGGCACAGAGACAGCAAACGCAAUCACCCCCCAGUUUAAGCGUCUCUCCGCCGUACAAGGUGACCUAUUCUUCCAGGUCCCUCGAAGAUUCUUCUUGAAAAUAGCAUCCAAGACGCAACCAACAUUCGCAUUCUUGUAUAAACGUGGAAAGGCUACGCCAACUGUAGGCGCAUUACACGGAUCUGAUCUUGCAGAAUUUUAUGGCGUUGGUACAGAGCCUGAUUUUAUUGGCGCAGAUGCGCUUAGUGAGUGUUUUCCCGACCCUCUGGACCGCGCCACUGAAAACCCUCAAGUCAACUUUGCAAAUACGCUCGACCCGAAUACCAAGAAUCCUCAGAGCUUGUUAUCUUCGAUUGAUUGGCCCUGCUGGGGGUCCUCAGCCGCUGCCCCAUUGUUCACCUUCCUCGAUCCAGCCCCUUCCAUCAACAUUACCUUUGAUAACUACAGAGUCCCAGAGAUGGACUUGUUGACCGACAUAUCCUUAAAAUUGUGGGCUUGA